CAAUCAAAAAUUUCCACGAGUCAUCUUUCUCGCAGCCCCUGAGUAUUUAAUCCCCUUCUCCACGCCGUCGUCUCUCACCGGACUCCGGCAUCUCUCUCUCUCUUUUCUCUUCUCUGCAUCUUGAGACACUAACCCUGCUCUAAUCCCAUGGCGACUGAGGAAGUUCUGGCUCCAGCUGUUGAAGAACAUGUCGCCGAUCCGGCGCCCGUGGACCCAACCGGUGAGACGGGGGAUCGCGCAGCCUCAAAGGAAGAUAAACCGAAGAAACCUCGCAAGCCACGCGCUCCUGCCUCUCAUCCUCCUUAUAUCGAGAUGAUUCAAGAGGCAAUAACCUCGUUGAAGGAGAAGACAGGAUCUAGCCAGUAUGCGAUCACCAAAUUCAUCGAACAAAAACACAAGGACCACAUCCCCUCGAACUUCAAGAAGCUCCUUCUCUUCCAUCUCCGCAAGCUCACAGCUGCAGGAAAGCUUAGCAAGGUGAAGAACUCCUACAAAAUCCCCGCUGCCUCUGCUGAACCGGCGAAGGCAAAGGCAACUUCGAAGCCGAAGCCCAGUGCUUCUGCAGCCAAGCCAAAGGCGAAGCCAUCGGUAAAGCCAAAAGCCAAGGCGGUGGUGAAACCAAAUAAGAAGUCUGCUGUGUCCGCCAAGCCCAAGGCUAAGGCGGUUGGUGCAAAGUCAAAGACGAAAUCUGUUUCCAAACUGAAACCAGUGGCAAAGGUUGCGAAGCCGAAGCCUAAAACUGUGGCGACCAAGGCUUCUACACGUCCGGCCAAGGCGGCGAAGACUUCGGAGAAAGACACGCUGGGAAAGAAGAAGGUGGCAAAGCCAGUCAAGAAGGUUCCCUCAGCAAAGGCAUCGGAGAAGGCGAAGACGGUGAAGCCGACAGCGAAGGCUGUGUCGAAGAAGACGCCGGCGAGAAAAACGAAGAAGCUGUGAGAGUGAUUUAUAAAUUUUCUUGUUUCUUAAGCGUGGCAAUGUCCGUAAAUUUUAAGAUUCAGCUGCUUUUAUUAUUAUUAUUAAUGAAAAUUACGCUGUUGAUAUUUUUAUUGAA